AUGUUUCUAAUUGGCAGGAAGAUAAUCACUCUAACAUUGCUCCAAGACGCUAUCAAAGAACUGCAAGAUACAAUAGCCAUUGUUGAGGAGAAUCGAGCUAUGAACCCAUCGUCUUCCGAUCCACCCAUUGCGGAUUCACACAUUGCGAAAACAGAUCGCCGGAAUCCGUGGAACCGACGAGUAGUUAAAGAUCACUUCAGGACGUUUGGCGCUUUAUGCCCAACCGGGCAGACGGAACAGAAAACCGAAUUGACUAGACGGGACUUUUUUGCAGGAGAUCGCAUUAAAAGCAGGACUGCUUGGAUGAAUGGCUUGGGUAAGAGAGGUAUGCUGGCAGCAAAUGGCCCGCUUUCAGCAGGCCAGAGAGAGAGUGUUGCGAAUAUUUCUCAAAUGCUGAUUCGUAUGACACCGUCUAGUGCAAGGAAGUAA